AUGGCGGCAGUGCUCAUCCUCGUGCUCCGUGAAGCGACCACCCCCGUGGUGACCAACACGACAACAUCCGCAAAUCCUUCACCCGUGUCCGGACGGGAUCCAGCGCCCGUCGUCAUUCCCGCAUUAUGGAUAAUGUGGGUAAUCGCGACCUUGUUCCUCAGUCUACGCGUCUACUGCCGCGGCUACCGCACGAGCUCGUUCUGGUGGGACGACCACGUGCUCGUCAUGGGCUACAUGUUCCUCACCGUCGCCAACGGGCUGAUCACGGCGCUGCAGCUCAAAGGUUUCGGGCUGAGCCUCGAGUUCAGGCCGCACAUGCACACGCUGUCGACCACCGCGGACGUCGUCAACAAGAUGGCCCUCGUGCUGACAAAGACGUCCUUUGCGAUCACGCUGCUCCGCCUGGCGACGGGAUGGCACAAGUGGCUGAUCUGGGUCCUUGUCGUGACGAUGUGGCUCAUCAUCUCGAUCAAUGCGGUGACGACGUGGUUCGCGGCUUGUGAUCGAGUCGGGAUUGAUCAUUACGAGGCGGUCCUUCCAGAUGUGUGCUGGAGCACCAUGAACUCCGUGCUGGUUGCUAUGGUUGCAAAUUGCUACUCUGCAAUCAUCGACUUUGUCCUUGCCCUGCUGCCAUGGAAGAUUGUCAUGAGUCUGCAGAUGAAAACCCACGAAAAGCUCGGUGUCGGGUUUGCCAUGAGCCUGGGUAUGCUUGCUGGCAUCGUCGGCGUCAUAAAGGUAUACAACAUCACCACAAUCGCGAGCUCGCCAAACAUUCCGUAUAACCUCUCCCUCCUCUUCAUCUGGGGCCAAGCCGAACCCUGCGCAACCAUCGUCGCAACCUCGAUCCCCAUGCUGCGUGUGCUCUUCCGCGAC